CCACGGCCGGUUUUUAUCGCAGUUAUUAAGCCGCGAUCGCAGUUGGCGGCGACGGCGACGUGACGCCCGCUGGAUCUUUUUUUUUUCUUCUCGGGAGAGGAAUUCGGAGGUUACGGUUAAUUUAGUGUUUGUAAUUCCGGCGAGUCUAGUCGUAGGAAUAAAUUAUCGAACUAUCGGGAUAACAGUUUGAGAGUUGGACAGUGUUGAUUGAUAAUGUUGCUCUAAGUUCGGUUUGUAAGUGAUAUUGGAAUAAGGACGAGCUGUGGGCAUAGGAAUAGCUUAAUCCGAGCUUGGGUUUGUUCUGUCUGCGGAAGAGAAUCAUGUAAAAAGCCUACUAGAAGCUCAUCAUUGAUUCCCCGGGAUCGGCCCCUUUCCAUGACGGAGGUUUACUGAUUAAUGGAAAGGGAAGGAGUCAUGUAAAGAGACCAAUCGCAGGGAGAAAAGAAGAAACAUGAUGGGUUGGCAACCGAGCUGUGUUCUUCUCAGAGGCCUGAUUCUGCUCACGUUCAGCUACCACUGGUUCGCGCUGGCUACCCUACCGAGCACCGCCAAGUUCUACACCAUCCACUGGAACUCCUCCAACCCCAUUUUCCGCAUAGACAACACCGACAACAUCAUAGACGUCAACAGGAACAACGUCAAGUUCGACUACGAUCAGGUGAACCUGAUCUGUCCCGUCUACAUGCCAGGCACCAGGGACGAGGAGAUGGAGAAGUAUAUCAUCUACAACGUCUCGAAGGACGAGUACGAGACGUGCAGGAUAACGAAUCCCAACCCUAGGAUAAUCGCAGUGUGCGACAAGCCAUAUAAGUUAAUGUAUUUUACUAUUACUUUUAGACCGUUUACACCUCAACCUGGCGGGCUGGAGUUCCUACCAGGUCACGAUUAUUAUUUCAUUUCCACGUCCACAAGUGACGACUUACAUAGGAGAAUAGGAGGCAGGUGCACGACCCAUAACAUGAAAAUAGUGUUCAAGGUGUGGGGCCCGCCGUCGAUGCCCGCCACAUCCCAGCCUACCGUAGUCACAUCGAAGCCGACGUGGUGGUCGGUGACAUCGCAGCGAACGACAUCAACGAGUACCACGACAACCACGAGUACGCUGUCCCCCACGACUACCACGAAAAAAUCUAAAACGUACAAUAAACAUCCUAACGAAGUGGUGAAAAGUGAGGAACUGACCCUAGGUGGUGCCACACCUGGCGCUAAAGUUAAUUUAAUAGUUAUAUGUGUGGUGUCCACCUUAGUGAUUGCAAUGCGAUGAAAUUUUUAAACCCCCUCCGGUCCUAAAGCAAGAACUUUAUGUGUUCCCUUUGUAUGUUUAUAUUCCGAACUGUCUAACGACCUAAAACUAUCCUAAUUUUAUAAAUAUAUACAUAUACAUAAUGGUAACUAUUAACUACUAAGAUAAAUUAUUUUUCCAAUUUGGUUUCUGGAAUUUUACCACCCAAAAUAGUUUAUUAAGUGAUUUCGAACGUUAUGUAUUUUUAUACCUGAGGUGCUUGUUGAGGUUCCAAAAAAAUAAUAUCCGUUAAAGAUCUGCAAAAGACAUUAGUUUUAAUAUUUAAUACAUCUAGCGGGAGCAAGUUUUGUUUCAAAAGAUCUGCAAAUAUUUAAUUUUUUUUCGGGAUAAAUUAAGUAUUCUAAUUUAAAAAUAUAUCUGCCUUAUUAGUUUACUUAAAAUCAUAACUGUGAUAUUCUAAUUUUUAGCUUUGUAUAAAAUAUUUGUAGAGUUCUUAAAACUACAGAAAGUAAUGAAAAGGUGGGAAUAAUAAAAUUAUAUUUUUACCGAUUGAUUUCCAAAAAAAAAGUCCUUUUCCAUAAGUGCCUGCACCGAUAAUUUUAUUUAUUCUUUUUGUACCUGCAGUUCUCACAAUUCACAGUAAAAUUGAUCCUAGUGCCUUGUAAAUACUGCGACAUUCUUUGGUUUUUAAAUUUCUUUUGAUAUGUUGCAGUAAAAUCAGGUAAUCGAAACGGCCACGAUAAAAGAAUUCUUCGUUUUCACGUUCACGUUCUUCAUUAUUGUUUAACAAGUUAUUAAUUUUAGAAAUAAGGAAAUAUAAAAAUUCAAGCACAUACUUGUCAUUUUUUUUAAUGGGAAACCUCACCUUUUCAAAUAAUUUUAACUCGUAAGGAUCGCAUACAGAACAACUAACAAGGAGAAGGUAAGGUAAUCGGAUUUUUAUAAUUUUUGAUAUUUAUGUGUAGUUUGGACCUUGAAUAAGAAUUUUCUGAAGGAGUUCGACGCAACGUUCAUAAAUUACCGGGAUAAUCGAUUUUGAAGUUUUACCUGCCAGCUAACACCACUAGAUGCGACACAUUCUUCAACUGGGAACGUGGCCUAGUUGGUAGCGUUCGGGUGUGACAGUCACAAAAUCGGUGGUUCGAGUCUCGUCGCGUGACAUUUUUUUUUUUUUUUUCAAAACGCACCAUAUAGUUUUUUUAUUCU